GAGCAGCACAGCAGAGAGCCAGCCUACCUACAUGCUUAUUGUGUAAAUCUUUAAAAAGCAAUUAGCUGCAGCAUCAUCUAAAACCUUACCCCCUCUCCCCCCUUGACUGGGUGAAAUACAUAUUUUUUUAGGGGGGAAAGAAGUGUUUUCAGGCGGCUCAAGAAAAGGCAUCAUCACCAUCCUGAGCCAUGACUGACAGGAAAGCUGUGAUCAAGAACGCGGACAUGUCCGAGGACAUGCAGCAAGACGCGGUGGACUGUGCCACCCAGGCCAUGGAGAAGUACAACAUAGAGAAGGACAUCGCAGCCUACAUCAAGAAGGAAUUUGAUAAGAAGUAUAACCCCACCUGGCACUGCAUCGUCGGGAGGAACUUCGGCAGCUACGUCACCCACGAGACAAAGCAUUUCAUUUACUUCUACUUGGGCCAAGUGGCCAUAUUGCUCUUCAAGUCUGGCUGAGAUGUUUCUGAUGGGUAUUGUGGAGUUCUUCUCCCUGAACCUAAAUCGGAAAUGCACUGGUGGCUGAUGUCUCCCAUACACUAAUAACGACAUACCAUAAUGAUGCAAAACCGGCCGUGCGCAAUUGCAUGGACUAUACACUAUUUAAUAUGUAUGUUACAGUAAGUUUACUUUUCAUUUGAGCGCAACUGAAGUAGUUUUUUUAAUGCUGUUUAAAUUCUAGGUUGUAAAAGAUUUCAACGUGGCCCUUGAUUGUAUAGUAAAGGAAAGCUGUAGAAUGUAGUGGUGCAUCUGCUUUCCUUCACAAGUCGCAUUGCCAGGCCCUGUUAUGAGACUCCAUCUGUUGGUGUAGAGGGUAAAAUCAUAUUGCGUGCACCAGUUUAACAAUUCAUUAUCAAGACUUAAACGUGAGCUUGUGAAAAGAAGUUGGUUAAUGGGGCAAAAUAGUCAAAUGGGUUACUUCACAGCCUCCUGUGGUCUCCAGGAGAACAUACAGCAUGAGUUCACUUUAUCACUGCUAUCUUACUUAAUUUAAAUGCGUUAUGUUGGCUGUAGGUGCAAAUACAAAACUUAACGUUUUCAAUUUAGAUUUCAAAUAAAAUCCCCAACAGAUGUGAAAUGUUAGCAGCCGCUUUUUGGAAGAAAAAAAAGAGGUCACAACAUCCAACACACUUGAUAUUUUGGAACCAACACACGCCAGUGCAAGCAUUUCCGGGGACGUUUAGUUUGUUAGCUCUUACAAUUACACUGUGAAGGACAAUAGAACAAACAGAGCUAACAUUCACACACACAGACCUUAGCCUGUAAUGUCCGAGUUAAACACUACAGACUGGUUACCAAAAUCUCCCAACUCACCUACCUAUAUUUCAGUCUUAUAAUCCUGUGUUUCUGCAUGUUUGGAGGAGGAUAAUUUCUUUUAACUGUUAUCAAACACAAACAAAAUCUCAUCUUGCAGCUAAAUAAUUUAUUUAACUUUUGAGUAUGUAGAUAUUGGACUGAGGCUAUGUGUGUCUUGUCCCAGUAAUUGCUAUUAAGCAGCAUUAGGAUGGUGAUUUAGAUAAAAAAAACAAAAAAAAACAUCUGCAGUCAACUCUACCAAGGCUACCAACACCCCUGUGUUUCAGAUGGUUGUGUCGUGUUGUGUGGCUUGUGAUACCUUCAGGUUGCAUUACCCCCAACCUUUUUAUUGUUUGCAUUGCCAGUGUACUGCCAGAAAUGCAGAAAAGACAAAGCAUUCGGUGGAGUUGGGACUUCUUAAAGCAACUGCAAGCAGGCGUAUCUCUUGUCUAGCGCAUUGAUUUAGAGUUUUCAUUUUAUCAUGUCAGUAUAAUUAGUUUGAAAUGGCAAUGCACAAUGUUUGGAUUCUGAUUAAAUGUGUUCUUUGGUAUGACAGAUUGGAGGGAUUUAAUCUACGGAGUUGGAUAACACCACACGUUUCUCGCUGUGCGUGAAGACUGAAUGUUUACUCAGUUUUUCUCUCCCAUAAUCCAACAACGGGCGAAAUGUGUAUCUCAAGUGUUAGCUUGGCUAGACAUUGUUUUUGUGGGGAAGUCUUCCUAACUAUUGUCAAUGUAAACUGAUUAAGUAUUGUUUUCCUCUGGCAUGUAUUUUUGCUGUGUAUAUGUAGGAGCCGUUCCGAUGCUGUUAAAUUUGCACAAAACGUGUGCCUGUCAUUGCUCUCAACUGUAACCGGCUUGAGUACAAUUUCACUUCAUUAGAGUUAUCCAGUAGGUUGCUACAGAACCAAAAUAUAAACAUGAUAAAAUAAAAAGGAAUUGUUGACUUAUUA